UUCAAAAUGGUGUGGAGGCAUCCGGAUGCUGUUCUCAACGAUCCGGAGCCUUCCGAGUCUGAAUUAAAUGAUGCCUUUCUUUCAGCCAUUCGGGGGUGCCCUUCCAGGGUUCGUCCUUUUCCCGAACAUUUGUUAGUGCUUUUAGGGGUUAGUAAUAUUUGGGCAAAAGUUGAUCGGGAUCCGGUGUUGAUGAGAAAUGGCCUUGUUAUGUCUGCUUUGGACUUCAUCAAGAGUGACGAUACGUCCGAUGUGGUUUUUGAAGAUGCUCCGACUGUGCCGGGUGAAAAUGUUGUUGUGAGGACCUCUGAGCAGAGGUUUGAGGGUUCAGGUUAUGUCAGUGUUGCAAAUGUGAAGGGUUUUACCAAGUCCAAUGUUCCCAAGCCUUCAACUCGCCGGUUAUCUCGUCGUUUACUGAAGGCUACUCCUCAAUCCACUUCCACUGAGCCAGUGGAUUUGAGUGAUGACAUCGAGGUUUCUGAGGAUCAGGCUGAGGCAGAGGUUGAGAAGGAGAAGGAAUUAGUUGUGCGUGGUAAGAAGGUUCGAGGGAAGAAGAGUGUUGCUACCCCUGUUCAAGAAUCGUCGAGCAGAGACGUUGAAGGGUUGAACCCUGAGGGCACUUAUGUGCCUUCUUGGUUGGUUAAGAAUGAUGACACUUUUAAGGAUGCUGCUGUUUGUGAAGAUGCUCUUAGUCAUCUUGCUCCUCCUUCCGUUCGUGAAGCUAUUGCUGAGAUGGAUGAUGACACUAUGUUAUCUCGCAUGGUUUUAACUACUUGCAACCUUGCAGAGGCAGCUUGGAAGAAGGAGAUUGAGGAUUUGAAGAAGAUGCAUGCCAUUGAGAUGGGUGACUUGAAGAAGAGCUUUGAAGCUAAUUUGCUGAAGUUGAAGGCUGAUCGAGAGGCCUUAUCUGUCCAGCAGAAGGCUUUUCGUGAAGAAAAGGAGGGAUUGAAGGCUUCCGUUGGUCAGGUGACUGCGGAUAAUCAGUGGUUGAUCGAGCAUGGGUUUCAGCAGGGAUUGAAGCCUGAAGGGUUGAAUGAGAAGGUUUGUGCUGAGGUUUUGGGCUCUUUGUCGAGGAAGAGGUCUUACUCCGGGGACAGUGAUGAUACCCUUUCCAGUCUGCCUGAAACCUCGAAAGAUGCUGGUUUGGAAACCUCUGCGGUUGGUGGUGAAGAAGGUGUGAAGGGGAAGAAGACAAAGAAAGCUAAAAAGUCUAAGGGUGAAGGUUCCAAGCCCUCUGAUAACUGA